AAAGAGGUAGCAACUGAUGAAGAGUGUCCUAAAAUGUGUGCUUACAAGUUGGUGACUAUCAAAUUUAAAUGGUGGGGACUGCAGAACAAAGUUGAAAACUUUAUACAAAAGCAAGAAAAAAGGAUAUUUACCAACUUUCAUCGCCAGUUGUUCUGUUGGAUUGACAAGUGGAUUGAUCUGACUAUGGAAGACAUUAGGAGAAUGGAGGAUGAAACCCAAAAGGAGCUGGAAGCGUUACGUAAUCAAGGCCAAGUCAGAGGAACAAGUGCUGCCAAUGAUGAAUGAUGAUGGAUUUAACCGUCACAUGCAGUGUUGAUAUACAAAUGUGUGUGUGGAUGCAUGAUUAUUUGUAUAUAAUUAUAUAUACGCACAUGCAUACUGAAGAGGGUUGUUACAGUGUCUCCAAGGUACUAGACCUGUCCUCAGCAAAGAUUCAAAGGAAACUGCUUUCAUUACGUAUACCUGAAGCAAAUAAAAAUCAAUUGAGUAGUGUCAUUUAAAGGACGAAUUAACUGCAGAAUUAUGCUAACUGGUAUGUUUCAUGAAUGUCAAUACUGGACCAAUUUAUUCCCUACUUGUGGUUUUGUUUUUUUCUUUUUUUCCUCCUGUCUUGAGUCACUCUGCUAUAACUUGCCCAUAUCUCAUUGUAAAGAAACGGAUUCAAAUAAGUUAAUUUCAGUUUUGUGUCUUCCCUAUGUGAUUAUUUUUGGAAUAGGAACAAUGAAUGUAUUUAUAGCUAUUUAUUUCUGCAUUGUCAUUAUCCUAUAGUCAAAUCAGAAAAAAAUUUUUAUUAGUGGAAAUUGGGAGAAUUUUACUGUUGAAUAAGUUUGACCCAAACUUUACCCAUUCACUGACUUAAAAGAAAAAAAAUCAUGUUUUAUUGGACUUUUGUACAUUGAAAUGCUAAUGUUUUUUCUUCAUUAAAAUUGGCAAGAUUAAGGAAAAA